AGCCAUCUUUGGCGCGAGCCCGGGUGGCCGCGGGCCCCGUCGGCGUGGCCGCAUGGGGUUGCUGACGGGCCUGCAGAUUCAGAAGGAGGCCAAGGAGGAGGGCAAGAAGGAGAAGAAGACCAAGGACAAGAAGGCGAAGAAAAAGGAGAAGCGGAAGGAGGCCAAGAAGAAGAAGAAGGAUGAGAAGGCCGCCAAGGCGGCCCCGGGCAGUUCCAGCGGGUCCUCGUCCGACGGCGAGGCCCCGGCCGCCCGCGCGGAGGCCCGAGCGCCCGCGGCGCGGCCGCCCGCAGAGGCGGAGUUGCCCGCCGCCGCGCAGCCCGCGGACGACUUCUUCUCGAUGGCCACGUCGCUGGCCCAGGGGAAGGUCAGGAAGGACAGGCCCGACCCCGACAAGCAGGUGGUGCACGCGCGCGAGUACAACCCGUUCCUGAAGGGGGGGACCUCGGACCUGCCCGCGCCCGACGCGACCAGCAGCAUCCCGAAGAGCCUCACCGUGGGCGACGGCGGCGCCAAGUGGCGCCAGCGCGCGCGCCUGCGGCAGGCGCAGGCCAGCAGGGCGCCGGAGGAGGGCGAGGCGCCGCGCGAGCCCGAGGGCGGCGGGCCGCCCCGCGGCGGCGGCG